AUGGCAUCGCAACAAUUUGAGCUCCUGUGCUUGGAGAACCCAUUGCUCGACAUCCAAGCCCAAGGUGACGAUGCACUCCUCCAGCAAUACGGCCUCAAGGCCAACGACGCCAUCCUCGCCGAGGAGAAGCACAUGUCGCUCUACCCCGAACUGAUGAACAACCGCGAAGCCAAACUGCUCGCUGGAGGCGCUGCCCAGAACACCGCGCGAGGCGCCCAGUACAUGCUACCCGCAGACUCCGUGGUCUUCUUCGGCUGCGUGGGCAAGGACAAGAAUGCAGAGACACUGAUGGCGGCGAACAAGGAGGCCGGUCUGCAGGUCCGGUACCGGUAUGACGAGGAGCAGCCGACGGGGAAGUGUGGUGUGGUCAUCACUGGACACAACCGCAGCAUGUGCACGGAUCUUGCGGCGGCGAACUGCUACAAGAUUGAGCAUUUGAAGGAGAACUGGGAUACGGUGAAGAACAGCAAAGCGUACUUUGUUGGCGGAUUCCACUUAACGGUGUGCGUGCCGGCUGUGAUGGCGUUGGCUGAAGAGGCGGCGAAGGAGAACAAGAUCUUCGCCCUCUCCCUGUCCGCACCCUUCAUCCCACAGUUCUUCAAGGACCCGCUCGACCAAACCUCACAAUACUGGGACUACGUCGUCGGCAACGAAAGCGAAGCAGCCGCCUACGCCGAAUCGCACGACCUCGACCCCAAGGACAUCCCAGCCAUCGCAAAGCACCUCGCCAACCUGCCCAAGGCCAACAGCAAGCGCAAGCGAACGGCCAUCGUGACUCAAGGCACCGAUCCAACUAUCAUCGCCAUCCAAGGCGAGGACAACGUCCGCAGCUUCCCUGUCCACCCGAUCGGUUCGAAGGAGAUCACCGACACCACUGGCGCUGGUGAUGCCUUCGCUGGCGGUUUCAUGGCCGGUGUGGUGAAGGGCGAGUCGCUGGAGCGAUGCGUCGACAUGGGAUCUUGGUUGGCGGCGCUUAGCUUGCGGGAGCUUGGUCCUUCGUACCCAUUCCCGAAGAAGACCUAUACCGCGUCGUCGUAA